ACUUAGGUCAAUUUUUUAAUGGGAUGUAUGUUACCUUUUUAUAUAUUUCUUUUGGAAGAAAUUCCUUUCCGACCGGGUUUAAGGAUCACUUUCACAUUUAUAUAAAUCCCCACUUGGUUUCCUAACACCCCAUCAUUCAAGCAUUACAAACUUUUCUCUUUUCAUAUUAAUCCUCUCUAGUGUUACUUCCUUUUUAACUUUAAUAAAAGCUAGCAACAAUAUGACCAAUUCUUGCAAACAAGAGAUGGAUCAAGAGCUUAAAAGAGGGGCAUGGACACUUGAGGAGGACAAUCUUCUUAUCCAUUAUAUUAAUUGUCAUGGCGAAGGCCGUUGGAAUUUGCUAGCAAAAUCCGCAGGAUUGAAAAGAACAGGAAAAAGUUGUAGAUUAAGAUGGUUGAAUUAUCUUAAACCAGACACAAAGCGCGGAAAUCUCACACCACAAGAACAACUCGUGAUCCUCCAACUUCAUUCCAAGUUGGGUAAUAGAUGGUCCAAAAUCGCGCGUCAUUUGCCUGGAAGAACAGAUAACGAGAUCAAGAACUACUGGAGAACACGGGUACAGAAACAAGCUCGCCACCUUAAGAUCGACGCUAGUAGCAAGAGGUUUGUAGAUGCAUUACAGCGGUUUUGGAUGCCAAGAUUGCUUGAGAAAGUGGAACAAGAUUCAUCAUCAUCCAUAUCAAAUUCAACUACUUCUACUCUAACCAUGGAAACAGAUCAAAACAAACCAAGCACUCAUCCAAAAACCGAGCAAACCGUAUUCACAUCAUUGUCCUCACCACAACCAAGCCAUAACGAGCCUAUCAACUCCAGUUCAAGCAUUUGUGCAUCAAAUUCUUGUGGGAAUAUUUUGCCUGAGAUGUCACAACUCUAUGGGGACAAUACUCAUGCCUUUUAUAAUUACUCAUCACUCCAAAACAUUGAUAGUUAUAAUGUGGAUAUAAAUGGGUUAGACAUGAUGGGCUUCGGAUCCAAUGACAUUAUGUCGACACUAAACUUCCAGAUGGCGGAUAAUGACGGGAUAAGAAGCGGUGACAUGGCAGCUGACACAUACUGGAACAUGGAUGAAUUAUGGCCUUGAUUUAUGUUGCAAAAAUGAGAACAUGACUAAUCAUUCCUAUCAGUUACUCGAACUAAUUGUAAAAGAGCUGAUAAUCUAUAUUUAGAUAGGACCUUUAAUUUAAAUUUGUAAGAGAGUUCCAAGAACUCUCUAAUCCUAUAAGUAUACUUGUACGUAUCACUACUAGAAAACUCGACAAUUACAACUAAAAUUUACGAUGGUAAAACACGGUCGCCAAGCUAGUGAUCAAUUUGUGAUCGUAAAGGCAGUUGCAAUUGGUGAGUUUUCUAGUAGUGGAUGUAUUUCUUGUUACAUUUUUUGUUAUACAAUAAAAAAAGUAUUCAUUAA